AUGGAAAUCAAACUAGAAAGUCCGCGUUAUUUAGUAUUCGGUUUUACUGUUCUUUUCUCAAAGAUGGCAUCAAAGAAGUUAUUACUUGUUGCAAUGAAGAGAUUUUUGUUAACGAAUCAUUCCCCUUUUGACUCUUUUGAUUUGGAAGCCUCAAUGAGGAGUGUGGUCCCGGUGGUGCAGUACUUCACACCGCGUCAUUUGUUAUGUAGGUGUAUUUCCAACGCCAAUUCAAAGAAAAAAAAUAGAAUAACAGAGGAUACAAUUAAUAAAGGAGGUUAUCUAGGCGUGACCACUGCAAAUAAUGUUAUAUUAAACACUUGGGAUUUGACUUCAUUACUGAUUUAUUCAUUCGUACUUUUUGUUGCCUGA